AUGAAGAAGUUCUUCCAUGCGCUGACGGGUCGUUCGCGCGUUGAUUCGCCGCUUGAAGACGGGCGGCGCUGUAAGUCACCUGGUGGCGGCGGCGUGGUCACCGUCAAAGUGGUGAACAAGUUGCACGAUGGUGGCGAUGGUGUCAGCAGCAGCAACGUCGGCGGUCCUCAUGCACCUCAGAUGAACGGCAAGACUGAUUCAAGCGACGACGGUUCUCGAGCGAGCAUCAGCAGCGGCAAGAAAAUCUCUUCGCGGUCGAUGAAGGUUGAAGUCGAUGGCCGGAUGCUGGACCUCGCAGAGCUGGAGUCGAUUAUCGCCAAGAAGGACUUGGUGAUCGCCCAGCAGCAGAAGGACAUCUGCGGUCAUCUGUCGAAGAUCAAGCAGUUAGAGGAGCAGGUCAAAUCUCUGAAGGUGCGUACUGCGCGCAGCUCUUCUUCAAAUACAUGUGACUGA